CCUGGCCCGGAGGCCAUGGAGACGGUGGCUCCAGCUGUGGACCUGGUGCUGGGCGCCUCGGCCUGUUGCCUGGCCUGUGUCUUCACCAACCCCCUGGAGGUGGUGAAGACGCGGCUGCAGCUGCAGGGGGAGCUGCAGGCCCGGGGCACCUAUCCUCGGCACUACCGGGGCUUUGUGGCCUCCGUCGUCGCUAUCGCCCGUGCAGAUGGGCUGUGCGGCCUGCAGAAGGGGCUGGCUGCCGGCCUCCUCUACCAGGGCCUCAUGAAUGGUGUCCGCUUCUACUGCUACAGCCUGGCAUGCCAGGCCGGGCUCGCCCAGCAGCCGGGUGGCACCGUGGUGGCGGGCGCUGUGGCAGGGGCACUGGGAGCCUUCGUGGGGAGCCCUGCUUACCUGGUCAAAACGCAGCUGCAGGCCCAGACGGUGGCCACGAUGGCUGUGGGACACCAGCACCCUCACCAGAGCGUCCUGGAUGCCUUGGGGACCAUCUGGCGGCAGCGGGGCCUGGCGGGGCUGUGGCAGGGUGUGGGUGGGGCCGUGCCCCGGGUCAUGGUCGGCUCGGCUGCUCAGCUGGCCACCUUCGCCUCCGCCAAGGCCUGGGUGCAGGAGCAACAGUGGCUCCCAGAGGACAGCUGGCUGGUGGCCCUGGCCGGGGGCAUGAUCAGCAGCGUAGCUGUGGUCACAGUCAUGACCCCCUUCGACGUGGUCAGCACGCGGCUGUACAAUCAGCCUGUGGACGGAGCGGGCAGGGGCCGGCUGUAUGGCGGCCUCGCCGACUGCCUGGUGAAGAUCUGGCGGCAGGAGGGGCCCCUGGCGCUCUACAAGGGUCUGGGCCCCACCUACCUGCGCCUGGGUCCCCACACCAUCCUCAGCAUGCUCUUCUGGGAUGAGCUCCGGAAACUGGUCAUGCGGGCCCAGCACCAGGGCAGCUAG